AUGCCUCGUGGCCCUGGAAAGAGGAGCAACUACAAUUUGGACUACUCGCGCUUCAAUGGAGUCGAACACCAAGACCAGGAGCGAUGCAUGGACGAGGCUUCAACCGACGGCGGGGGCGAAGACUUUGCAGUCGCGCUCCGCAACAUGCCGCCAGAGCUUCAAGAGGCGUACCGGCUCACAAUGAUCAGCCGUUCAACUGGUGAUGAAGCUGCUCAGAAGAGAGCGAACGAGCUCGUCCUUCAGGCAGUCGACAAAGGAGGUCCGCAAGUGCGCGAAACAUUCAUGAAGGAGAUUUCAGGACAUUUGCCAGAGGCGGAGCAGAUUGCGAAGGGCGGCUCUUCCAGACUUGCUGCAGUCAACGUUGGGGAAAAGGGAGCUGAAGCGGGUGAUCAGCUGGACGCUGGAAGACAGGAGACCAAAGACAUGCUCGACAACAUGAAGACGCUCGGCUUCUCCUGGGCACGGGCCUUGAAUCCCGCCUUUUGGCUCCGCAGCAACAUCAUACGCUACGAGGCGACACGAGCCGGCAUCUCUUUAGGCGUCGACGAUAUGAGCGUCCCGGCCGAAAAAGCUGCGCUCUGCGAUGGCUCGCAGCAGCGACAACUGCAGGCGGAGGCGAAAUAUCGGAAUGGAGAGAUGACUGUCGUUGAGAAGUUCUUGAACGUCACAGAAGAAUGGACGAGAACGAGCGAACAAGUGAAGAACGAAGCGGUCUCCAACUUCAAGGAAAACGAUCCCAACAAUCCAGUAUACAUGAUGUCGACAAGUGGUGCGCGAGGAAACAUUUCGCAGGUUCGACAGUUGGUGGCUAUGCGUGGACUCAUGGCAGAUGCCAAAGGCCAGUUGAUUGAUGUGCCAAUUCAGCACUGCCUACGUGAAGGGAUGACAGUCACCGACAUGCUGAUAUCAGGCCAUGGCGCUCGAAAGGGAGUCAUCGACACUGCCUUGAGAACGGCCAAUUCUGGAUACUUAUACCGACGGUUGGAUUUCACUGCUUCACCAGUUGUUGUGCGUGCAGAGGACUGUGGCACCGAGGAUUCGAUUCCAAUGGAAUUAAAAGGCAUGCGAGAUUCGGUGGCAUCCUUUAAAGACCGGAUACGCGGGCGCGUGCUGGGCAAACCCGUGCUCCAUCCAGAAUCAAAGGAAGUCCUCUUUGAUGUCGGGCACAUGCUUACUGCUGACGAGGCUGGAGACAUUGAGACGCUGUGGAAGUCACUGGCUAAGACAAUUGAAGUGCCACCCGUCCAUGUCCGUUCACCACUGGGGUGCCGUCUUCAUGGCGGGAUUUGCGCGAAGUGCUACGGUGAAGACCUUUCAACGCCUGGGGAGUUGGUUAGUGUCGGGCAUCCAUCUGGAACGAUCGCCGCACAAAGCAUGGGCGAACCUGGUACGCAGCUCACAAUGCGAACAUUCCACACCGGGGGUGCAUUUGAAGGUUCUGCUGGUGAAGGUGUCGUUGCAAAGCAUGCUGGGCGCGUGCGAUUGCAGAGCUCCUACGACAAAAUUUCCAAGGACGAUGUCUCGUGCAAGGUCAGAUCGGUUAGCCAGUGGAAGCGGUCUCCACAAGGUGAGGUGGGCUGUGUGUUGGCGGAGGCCGCAACUUUGGAGAUCACCGACGGCAGCCAUGUCUUGCAGACGGAGAGUUUGGACAUUGGUACGUACGUCAAGGUUCUCGAUGGCGCUUCAGUGAGUUUUGGACAAGUUCUGUACCAGAAGCCAGCCAAGUCAUCAUCCAGCACAGAUGAGGAUGACAUCGAGACUUUGGACAAGCCGAUUAAUUCCGACCAGGACGGAGAGAUUCUCGUGCAACCUGCGGAUACUCUUGGCAGCUGCAUCGACGAAGGGGGGAAGCUGGUUUGGGUGUUGCAGGGCUCUGCCGUGGACUUUCAGCACGAAGGUUCAACUUUAGCAGUGAAAGAGGGCGAUGCCGUUGAACCUGGGCAACCUCUUGCGCAAGAAUGGGCGGCGACUCAAUGUUCAGGUGUUCCACGCUUUCAGGAGCCACCGCGAUCUUGUGACAAGGAUGCCGCAUCGUUGCGCACCGAUUUCGACUUCUUCGAGCUUGCCGCAGACCGGACCACUGAGUACCACAAAGAUGUUGAGAUACCUCCAUCUUUGCAAGAGGAGCCUCGGAAUAUGAAAUCAUCCGUGAGGCCCUAUCUGAGACAGGCGGUCUCGCGAGCCUUGGACAAGGCAGAUGACAUCCGCUCUGCGAAGCCCGCAGCUCCAGCAUCUUCGAGCGUUUUCACACAGGUUUGGACGGAUGAUGAAGUGCCAAAGCUGCGCAUACUAUGCAGCCCUCCAUCCCUUGAAGCAGGUUCUUCUAUUUUCCCAACGAGCCGAAGCCUCACGGAUGACUGCGUGGCACCGAGUGGUGGGCUCGUCCUUCACGUGAUCUGGGAAGGCAAGAAGACGAUUCUAUGGGCACCUGAAGAGAGCAUCCCCCUCCUCAACCAAAAGAAGCGAGAGGCCAGCGAGGACAAAGGGCAGGUCAAGCUUGGGAGGCCGCUUCUGUUCAAACGAACAGCUCAGACAGCUGCUCCACAACCAGACGAACAUGCAAGCCAAGGUGAUGCCUUCGUUCACCGCUGCAAAGAUCGGGUGUACUACUCCAGAGACAUGUCGACUCUGGAUAUUGAUACAGAUGAUUCAUGGGAGUGUGCCAUCAAGCCGGGUGAAGUUUUUUUGGCUCCCAGCAAGUACUUUGCUGAAGGGCUUUGGUGGGACGCUGCAGAGGAUGACGGAGUGUACUUACACUCGAGGGCCGUCCCCCCGAAUCAUGCAGUCAUACCGGAGCUGCCCACGACGAAGAUUGGUUCAGACUGGAUGAUAGCAGAAAUUCUAGAUGAUCCACGUGCCGCUGAUUCAGUGCGAGUUUUACUGCGUCGUACAAAAUCGGUCAGGCUGCCACCGGCUCGUUGCCCUGCACCGUCUGAGUCCCACACUAUGGCUUUCUGGACUCCCCGUCGUGGCAAUGGUGUUGUGGAGUCGGUCGGGCCCGUGGUGUUAGCCCACGAGGUCACUGCAAGUGUCGGCAGGCAUUACCAAGACGCGCAUUGCACUAGCGUUGUCCCGACACGACCUGCCGACGGGACCAGUGUCCUUCCAAGGGCCUUCUUGAACGGAACAUCACUGGAUGUUGCCAGUGAAUGGGGUCCAAGCAGUCUCUGCGUGGUGCAACAUUCUCCUCUGGGGACUCCAAGAGCUGCUGUGGCCAACAGUUCUUGGCAAGAAGCCAUGCCAAGAUAUAUUUCUUGUGAUGAGUCGGAACAGCUCAUCGCGCGUCGGACCUUGCCAUCGAAAGCCAGCGGAAUCGUCUGCAGAGCGGAGGAAGGAACUCGGAGGCUUACUGCUGUGGUCCUCAACGACCAGGAUUUGCUGAGAGUUCCAUGCCACGCACAGCCGUCAGUCCGCUUGGGAGAUUUGGUUCGGCAGCACGAUCGGCUGAGCUCGAAGGAUGUGUCUCCUGCAGCAGGCCAGGUCGUGUCUGUGCAGACUGCCAGCGAUGGAGGUGCCGUUGCCGUCGUCUACUUGCGCAAGGCCAGUUCUUACCUCGUCACCAACAAGGGCUCCGUCCUUGUACGUGAUGGAAACGUUGUCCAAAUGGGAGACUGCUUGGCAACAGAGCCCCUGGCUGUGCCGCGGACAUCAGAUAUUGUUCAAGGCCUUCCUCGUAUCGACAGGCUCUUCGAGGCUGCGAACGGGCAACUACAAGCCCGGUUGGACAGGAUCUUCGAAGAGGAGGCAGCCCAACGUAGCAGCUUGGAUGCUGCAUAUGCAGCUCGCCGAAGGUUCGAACAGGAGCUCUUGGCAGAAAUUCAGUCCGCUUAUGGCGUACAGGGCGUAGACAUCAGCAGCAAGCACAUUGAGGUGGUCGUGCGGAGAAUGACAGAGAAGUGCACGAUUGAAGAAGGAAUCAGCGGACUCCCGCCUGGCACACUGAUGAACUAUGUUGAAUUGGAAGGGCUAUGUGCGCUGCAACCGAGUGCAGAGGUGAAAGUGAAGCCCACCGUUCGUGGGCUCACGGAGAUUGGCAGAGAUGGUAGUCACGUCUUGGUGGCCAUGGGCUUCCGAGAAGUGGAUAAUGUUGUGGCGAACGCGGUCUUCCAGGGUGCAGGCCGCUACGGCUUCGAGGGAGUCAAGGAGAAUCUCAUGAUCGGGAAGGCCGUCAGCGUUGGACGAAAGACGGCUUCUUCAUCUCAUUCGGCAAAUCGUGAGAUCGACCUUGAUCGAAUUCCGGACGUCUCGCCGGAAUCGCUGGCAAGGAGAAUCGAUGGCAUGAAGGCUCAGAUGGAGGCAGGACGAGAGGCCACGCGAAAACAACUCGAUGCUUUGCAGCAGCAGCAGGAGAGCCUGGAGAAGAUUUCAAGCGCGGACGACUUUGUGAAUUUCAUGACGAAGGAAGGCGUGUCCCACGAAGAUCUGCAGAGGAUGCUGACAGGGGACCCCACGGACAUGGAGGACCUGGUUGCAAAGAUGUUGAACAAAGCUGCAGCUCCAGGUGAAGAUGCAGCAGCGCUAGCCGGAGCAGAACAAGCCAUCAAAAGUGCGGAGGAACUUCACACUCGCAUUUGUGGCGAUGAUACAGCAGGCAGUGAGAAGAAGGUGGGCUCCGUGCCGAAGAAGUUGGUCCCAGACUCUCCACAGGUGAUCCUUCCCACGCAUCGGCUGCAAUAUGAGAAAGACCCUGAAGGCAGAUACCAGGGUAUGGAGCUUGUCUGCGAGCUGCCGGGUGUCAGCGACAUGGGUUGCAUUGUCUUGGACAUUGCGGAGAAGCACUUGCGGCUGAACACCGUGGACCCUGCGCCCAAGUAUGCCAUCAAUGCAGGGCCUUUUCCGGUUCUCAUUGAGCCCUCUGGUGCCAAAGCGAAGUUCAGCAAGAAGCGGCAUGAGCUGAGCAUACGCGUGCCAGCGAAAGCCUAA